GCCAUGUCGGUGAGGCUGCGGUUCCUGUCCUCCGGGGACGCGGGGGCCGUGGGGGUCGUGGGCCGGAGCGCCUCCUUCGCAGGCUUCAGCAGCGCGCAGAGCCGGAGGAUCGCAAAGUCUAUCCACGGGAACUCGGUGAGGUCUCGAAUGCCUGCAAAAUCCUCCAAGAUGUACGGCACACUGCGGAAGGGGUCUGUCUGCUCGGACCCCAAGCCACAGCAAGUGAAGAAGAUCUUUGAAGCACUCAAGAGAGGCCUCAAGGAGUAUCUGUGCAUCCAGCAGGCCGAGCUGGAUUACCUGUCAGGUCGCCACAAGGACACCCGCAGGAAUUCGAGGCUGGCUUUCUAUUAUGACCUGGACAAGCAAACGCGCUCUGUGGAAAGGCACAUCCGGAAGAUGGAGUUUCACAUCAGCAAGGUGGAUGAACUCUACGAGGGCUACUGCAUCCAGUGCCGCCUGCGAGAUGGUGCCUCCAACAUGCAGAGGGCCUUCUCCAGGUGCCCGCCCAGCCGCGCCUCCCGAGAGAGCCUGCAGGAGCUGGGCCGCAGCCUGCAGGAGUGCGCCGAGGACAUGUGGCUCAUCGAGGGGGCCCUGGAGGUUCACCUGGGAGAGUUCCACAUCAGGAUGAAAGGCUUGGUGGGCUACGCACGCCUCUGUCCCGGAGACCAGUAUGAGGUGCUCAUGCGCCUGGGCCGCCAGCGCUGGAAGCUGAAGGGCCGGAUCGAGUCAGACGACAGCCAGACCUGGGAGGAGGAGGAGAAGGUCUUCAUCCCCACCCUGCACGAGAACUUCGAGAUCAAGGUGACAGAGCUGAGGGGCCUGAGUUCACUGGCAGUGGGCACAGUGACGUGCGACAUCACUGACUUCUUCACGACCAGGCCGCAGGUGAUCGUGCUGGACAUCACAGAGCUGGGCACCAUCAAGCUGCAGCUGGAGGUGCUGUGGAACCCGUUUGAUACUGAGAGCCUCCUGAUGUCACCCAGCCCCACAGGCAAGUUCUCCAUGGGCAGCAGGAAGGGCUCCUUGUACAACUGGACACCCCCAAGCACCCCCAGCUUCCGAGAGAGGUAUUACCUGUCUGUCCUGCAGCAGUCAGCGCGGCAGGCUUUGCUGCUGGGGGGGCCAAGGGCCACCUCCAUCCUCAGCUACCUAUCUGACAAUGACCUUCGGGGCCCUGGCCUGCGGAGCCAGAGUCAGGAGCUGCCCGAGAUGGACUCCUUCAGCUCCGAGGACCCCCGAGACACGGAGACCAGCACAUCGGCAUCCACCUCAGACGUGGGGUUCCUGCCCUUGGCCAUUGGCCCCAACUCCUCCAUUGAAGAGGAGGCCCAGGAGGACCCCCAGCCCCUGGGCCUCCUGCCAGAGAUGGACCACCUGGCAGAAGGCUCCUUUGUGGAGCAGCCUGGCUGGAGGAAUUUGGGAAUAGAGGGCCCCGACCUGCCACAGGGCUCCCCAUUCCACAACCAUACCGCCCCGGGUAGCCAGAAAGACCAUGGUGAAGGAGAAACCGAGGACAGAGUGGAUGGGCCUGAGGUGAGCCUCGAGAGGCCCUUGCAAGAGGUCCUGGAUUUACUGAGGUCCGUGGACCCCACCCAGCCGCAGCUGCGGGAGCUGGAGUACCAGGUUCUCGGCUUCAGGAACCGGCUGAAGCCCCGCAGAGCCCGCCAGGAGCACGCCUCUGCCGAGAGCCUGAUGGAGUGCAUCCUGGAGAGCUUCGCCUUCCUCAACGCUGACCUUGCCCCGCAGGACCUGUCCCUGUUUGGGGGCUGCCAGGGUCCCCAGAAGGACAGGACCCCGCCCCCACAGAAAGCGUCAUCUGGGGAGCUCACGGCCGGCACCCUGGAGCUGGACAGGCUGCUCACGGUCCACCUCCACGUCUGCAAAGCUCUGCUGCAGAAACUGGCCUCUCCUAAUCUGUCGAGGAUGGUCCAGGAGUGCCUUCUGCAAGAAGCUGCACAGCAAAAGCAGGUUCUGGAGAUGCUUUCUGUGCUUGAUUUUGAGAAGGUCAGCAAGGCAACAUCCAUUGAAGAAAUCGUUCCGCAGGCCGCUCGGAGGAAGGGGUGCCUGAAGCUGUGGAGAGGGUGCACGGAGCCCGGCAGGGUCCUGUCCUGCCCCGCCACGACACUGCUGAACCAGCUCAAGAGAACGUUCCUGCACAGAGUCCGAGGGAAGUACCCGGGACAGCUGGAAAUAGCGUGCAGGAGGCUCCUGGAGCAGGUGGUCAGCUGUGGCGGGCUGCUGCCCGGAGCCGGGCCUCCCGAGGAACAGACGGUCACCUGGUUCCAGUUCCACAGCUACCUUCAGAGGCAGAGCGUCUCUGACCUGGACAAGCAUUUUGCCCAGCUCACCAAGGAAGUGACACUUGUCGAGGAGCUGCAGUGUGCGGGGCAGGGCAAGACGGUCCGGAAGCUGCAGGGGAAGCGGCUGGGCCAGCUCCAGCCCCUGCCCCAGACACUAAGGGCCUGGGCGCUGCUCCAACUGGACGGGACUCCACGAGUGUGCAGGGCAGCUAGUGUUCGCCUGGCCGGCGCAGCCAAGAACAAGAACUUUCGGGAAAAGGCUUUGCUUUUCUACACCAACGCUCUGACCGAGAACGAUGCCAAACUCCAGCAGGCCGCAUGUGUGGCACUAAAACACCUCAGGGGCAUCGAAAGCAUCGAUCAGAUCGCCAGCCUGUGCCAGUCUGACCUGGAGGCUGUGAGGACAACAGCCCGGGAGGCCACACUGUCGUUCGGUGAGAAAGGACGCUUAGCUUUUGAGAAGAUGGACAAGCUCUACUUGGAACAAAGAGAAGAGGCCUUUUGCCAGGAAGCGGAUGUUGAAAUCACGAUAUUUUAAGCCUCAGCCGAUGAGUUCCAAUGUGGCACCUUUGUCUUCGCUCUGCCCCGCCCUGACGCAGGGGCUGAGUUUGGGGUGGGGGAACGCUCUUUGCCCCCACUAAGUGCGAGCUGGCCCGAGCUGCUCCAUCUCCAGACCAGUUACAAAGGCCAGGGGCACGGAUGAGGCCUUUCGUACCAGAGCGGAAGGGGCUGCACAGCACUGAGGGCUGUAGAACUUCAAUCACACGGUCAGCUUUUGCUUCUGAGAAUCGGACCUUCCCCAGCCAGCUGCACUACCAAGGGGCCACGGCCAGGCAGGACGAGGCCUGCAGCGAAAAGCUCCAAGAGGAACGCGCGGCACUUGGGGUCUCCCUGCGGGUUCUGGUUCCGUAAGGACUGGGAGUGAACUGGCAAGCGGGCUGACUGCUCUUGCUGAGGAGGAUGCCGUGGGUCAUGUCGGCAGCAGCAAGCUGUCCCCUCGACAAGCUGGGGACGGCGGGAAGGCACGCAGCCAGGGUUUCACGAUUCACGCUCUUAACCCGAGCUGCGGCCCAAAUGCCACCACGGAGCCUGCUGACCACGGACCUUAUUCCCCCCGCCGAGAAGCCCUGCGUGUCAUGUCAGGAAGAGCGUUCACUCUGACCUCACUCAUCAACGUGGAAUGAAGCUUCUGAAGCAAGUCAACAUAAGGCCUACUAAAUAAACUGCUUCGGAAGUCAUAAGCUGGUUUGAAAAAAGAUUUCACUGAAGAACAUGUUUAAAGAAAGAAAAUUCAUUUCCUAUUUAAAUCUAUUAAAAAACCUCCAACAUGCCUCAAACUGUUUUUGUGUGGAGCUGUACAGAGACAGCCUGGGGUAUGAAUGCGACACCUGACAAAGGCACUGGGGACUCUGUGACUGAAACCUUCUUGUGUAAACUUCCUGUAUAUAUUCUGUGCUUUUCAGUUGAACUUAGUAUUUAUUUGCCUUGUCCCUAAGUUCGAUUUUCUGAAAUUUCGAUUAAAACGAUUUUUAUGGGUGUUUCCCUUUACCUGAAAAAAGUAGAGAGCAGUGGUUGUAUCCCCAAACCCCCCGGGGAGGGAAAGAGCGGCCCCUCCCGGCCCGAAGGCGGGCUCCCCGAUACGCGGCUCUAAGGGAGGGCGGCCCCGCCGCCUCAGUGCCCUUGGCACUCCCUGUGCUGGCAGAAGGCCCCCCGAGUGCCCUCUCCUACAGAUACCAAGCAGCACGGCCCCUCCUUGUCUAGCCCUUGGCCUCAUCCGAUUUCGGCACCGAAGUUCCGAGUUCAGCGAUUUUU